UGACCAAAUAUGGAAUACCAUUUUGUUUUUCACACAUAAUUUGCACAAACUGUACAAAUAAAAAAUAUUUUGUAGUCAUUAAUAAUAAUCAUAUAUUUACGCUUUGUUUUGUAACAAGUUUUGGUUACAUUGAGAAAUUUUAAAUAAAAUUUAAAACAAAAACUAAAUAAUUAUAGGUAUCUAACUAUGGAAUACUAUAAAUAACAACAAAAUUUAACAUUAACUUAAAUGAGGUUCUUUGGAAACGUACGUUGGUAUAACAUAAAAAGGAACACAAAUUGUUUGCAAAACUCACAAAUCCAGGCAUCAGACUCUGGUCCUGCGCAAUCAUUAUGUGCCCAGAGCCCACACAUGAGGCACUUGACCCAUGUUUCCCCAUGGGUAUCAUUUGAAAACAGCAUGCCACAGAAAAUACACUCCGCAUCUUCAGAGUCUGGAGCUGUAUUUCCUAUCAAGGCAUCGGUCUCACUCUCUGUAUCUAACAGCAUCAUCUCCUCAUCAUCUGAAUCUGACUGAGACUUAAUCUUUUCUCUUAGCUUUUUACUUUUUGAUUACUUUUUGUUUUGUUUUUCAUUUUUAUUCUUUGCCCAUUUAUUUUGUUUUUCUUCUUACUUUUUUCUAUGAGAUCCUC